CUCUGUUGAAUGCGGCUGCAGCUGCUUCUUCGGGAGGCGCUUUUCCUCUAACAAGGAUAAUAGGUCCUUCAAGUACAGGAACUCUAAGCAGUCGCAGUACAACCGCCACCUCUAUAAAAAAGGGUGCAUCUUCAACUAGUUCAUCUUCAAUGAGGUCGACAGCAAACACAAGGAUUAACAACUAUUGGCUAGGUCAACAACAACAUUCUUUUCCUAGUAACAAUACGGUACUUACAACUCGGUCAAUCACUUCACCAGCAGGUUCAGGAUCGUAUCAUAGAAGUGGGAGUACUUCUUCGUUACCUCUGCCGACGAAAACGAC